AUGUCCUACUUAUUGCCAUUGUCAUCAUGUUCAACCCCCGGUUGGAACGAUCCACCUGCAGUACUUGACCUUACGAAGACAUCUUCAUCACCGAGUUCUGGUGCUUUGGCAAAUAGACAUCGGCGUCCUGUGCAUCCUUCCAUUCAAGCUUCCAAUACUUCAUCGACAUACACAAAUUUAGUACAACCAGUGUUCUCACCGCAACCUACAAAUCCAGCUCUAGCUGCAACUCAGAUCCCAACUGUAACCUUAGUUGAAGGUAUUACAGUCUGCGGAGCUCCUCCACAGUCAAUUUUUCCGACACCAGUGCCAAAUUAUGCCACAAUGGAUUCAUUUGUCCCGUAUUCUAAUUCCCCAUCCACAGACAGAAAGAGGGAUCAAUCGGCGGAUAAAUCUUCAUCCCUGCAGCAUCAUCGUUCUAUUUUUGAUGCAUUCAAUGUCCCAGAUCCUCAGCAGCAAGCGCUACCGAAAUCGCAAAGUUUGACAUAUGAUACUCCUGCUCCUGAAAAGUCUCCUGAAAACUGUUUUCGGAAGUCCUUUGAUCCGAAUUUAUCCACUUCAACAGGUGUUCAAGUUACAUCUUCAAUUGAAAGAAAUCCAAAUGCUUUAAUUUAUGUUCCACCCAAUGUGAUAAGUGAAAAUAAUAGAAGGCCUGCUACAUCGCCAUAUCCAACUGAUUAUGUAGCACCCAUAAAGGCUGCUGGUGAUGUGUCUUUGAAUGGUCCUCAGCUUGUCCAGUUUUUGAUCAAAGCCACAUAUAGACUCCCAGUUGGAGUAACUAGAGACGGGAUUCAGUUACGCAUAAAUCAAUUAUGUGAAUCAAUGAGUGCAGGGCAAGUGACGGAUAGUUGCAUCAAGAAACUGAAUUUUGUUGUUGAUGCACUGGAUCGUGGCUUAUUUGAUGAAGCAUAUCAAUUUUUUGAACAGUUACAAGUAUCAUUUCCAACACAAGCUCGAACUAGUUGGGCUCAGGGUAUUCGGUUAUUGCUGAACGAAUUGAGGCGUCCGGCUCGUAUCGGUAGUGCUGGUCCAACUCGCCAUCUAUAA